UCGGCCGGUUGGUUUAGUAAAACGCGUGCUCUUCUCUCGCUCUCCCUCUCCGUUUGUUUCUCGUCGGUGUUUUAUUCUAUCGCGAUCCAAACACACUGCGCGAUUCGUUUCACGUGGCAAAUUGUCGUUGCAUACACGCCGGGAGGGAGAGGCCAUUCGAUGGAGAUACGCGUUCUAGUGGAAAGCCGGCGAACAGUGUUGUGAGUUUUCAUGUGCGUACGCGUUGUCAGAAAGUUGUAUCUUGCCGCGUAAUUCGUGAGAACCGAGUGACAGACGACCACGAAAAGGAUCGUUCUCCCAAAGGACUUGAGCGUCACGACGAAGGAGUGGAGAUGCAUCCGGAGAAACGUUGUUUCGCGGACCGAUGAACGUGGCUGGCAGUUGACUCGAUGCAGAGGGACGCUAAGGAAAUGGCCACGUGACGCGACAGAAGAAGAGAACCCGGCCGCAAGAUGAACACGAACGGCAAUGUCGGCUCUCAGGAGGGUGGGAACGGUACCGAUUACGGUUCCAGCGAGGAGACGGCAGCCCUGCUAAGCAGGGCGCCACCCCCUCCGGUCGUGGUUGCCGCGGCGUCUCAGGGCAAGCCGGUGCUCACGCGACAGGAUCGAGCAACCUUUCUGGUUGCCUCGCCCCAGUUGUCCGUCUCGGGCCUCGGCGGCUCCGAGGAGAGCGGCACCACCGAGGAUCCGGCGACCAGAUCGGUACCGGACAUCGAGCUACAUUGCAGACUCGACGGUGAGGUCCAGCCUCAAUUACAGCCGCUACAACCGCAACCUCAGCCGCAAACGCAAGUCCAACAACCGAUUGUACCCGCUGGUUAUCGGUCCAGGCAAACUUCCCACCAGCACAGGUGUCGUUGCGAUCGCAGGGACUCUUUGGCACCAUCCUCGGCGCUGCACCUGGCAAGGAGCGUCUCUAGAGAAAGCGUGAAAAGCGGCCACCACUGUUGCCCUUGUCAGGCACCCCCGCCGCCGGUUCUCGUUACGACGUCGCCAAGCGCUCGUAUAAUACGGCAAAGCUCGCAACCGGAAGCGUCCGCGUGCUGUUGUUCCGGAUGUUGUUGCCCUCUACACGCAGGCACCACGCCGAGUGCUGCCUCCCUGCGGCAGCUACGCGAGCCAGGAGAUGGAAUUGCUGGCAUCGCCGCGGAUUCAUUGCGGAUCAAUGGCGGCAUUCGACAAUUCCGACAGUUCCCGUGGUGGUGCAAAUCGUCGUCGACGACAAUGCCACCGACGACACCUCCGCCGCCCACGGCCACGAUACUCGGCGCCGUUUCCGGUUCUGGGUCUGGUUCCGGUAUGCAGGGCGCCCAAGGCGUCGUUCUCUGUCCACGUACGCUGUCGCAGGUCCGACGAUCACGGUUACGAAGAGCCCUCACCGAGGCGACUGCCGAGACCGUCAACUACGUCAAGACGCUGCGGAAGCCAGUGUCGACACUCUCGAUCCCGGGGGCGAUGAAGAACAGCGGCGGCGUGGCCGGUGGGGGUGGCGUGGUGAUCGCCGGGGGCGUUGGCGGGGGUGCUGGUUGCGGUAGCGCGACUGCUACCGGAACCGGUGAGGACGCCGGAAUCGCCCUCGUUGGCGUCCAUUCCGAAUACCCACGGUACAUGGACGACCGCCUGCUUGCCGGCGGUGGUCAAGUGAAGGGCCAUUCGGGCAGCAUAGGGCCGGGCUCGAAACACAAACCGAACGUCGGCUACCGGCUGGGCAGACGGAAGGCCCUGUUCGAGAAGAGGAAACGUAUCAGUGACUACGCGCUCGUAAUGGGCAUGUUCGGUAUCAUCGUGAUGGUCAUCGAGAACGAACUGUCCAGCGCCGGUGUCUACACCAAGGCCUCGUUUUACUCGACAGCACUGAAAACCCUGAUCUCUGUGUCUACUGUGAUACUGCUUGGCCUCAUAUUUGCUUACCAUGCCUUAGAAGUUCAGUUGUUCAUGAUCGAUAACUGCGCGGACGAUUGGAGGAUCGCGAUGACCUGGCAGAGGAUCGCUCAGAUUUCCCUCGAAUUAGUAAUCUGUGCGGUCCACCCGAUCCCGGGGGAAUACUACUUCCUGUGGACGACCAAACUGGCGAACAAGGGUGGUGAUUUCGGGUCGAAAUGGGUGCCGUACGACGUCACCCUCUCGCUACCGAUGUUCUUCAGACUCUACCUCAUCUGUCGCGUUAUGCUGCUCCAUUCGAAGCUGUUCACCGACGCCUCGUCGCGCAGCAUAGGGGCCUUGAAUCGUAUUAACUUCAACACCAGAUUCGUCCUGAAGACUCUGAUGACCAUUUGCCCGGGUACCGUGUUGCUCGUCUUCAUGGUCUCCCUGUGGAUCAUCGCUUCGUGGACGUUACGCCAGUGUGAGAGGUUUCACGACGAGGAGCACGCGAAUCUCCUUAAUGCUAUGUGGCUCAUAGCUAUCACGUUUCUGAGCGUCGGUUUCGGUGACAUCGUACCCAACACGUACUGCGGUCGAGGUAUAGCAGUUUCCACUGGAAUAAUGGGAGCCGGAUGCACAGCCUUGUUGGUAGCGGUUGUUUCCAGGAAGCUGGAGUUAACGAGAGCGGAGAAACACGUUCACAACUUCAUGAUGGAUACACAAUUAACGAAAAGGUUGAAAAACGCAGCGGCGAACGUGUUGCGCGAGACGUGGCUAAUUUACAAGCACACUAGGCUGGUGAAGCGUGUCAAUCCGGGUCGUGUUCGAACGCAUCAACGGAAGUUUUUAUUGGCUAUUUACGCGCUCAGGAAAGUGAAAAUGGAUCAGCGAAAAUUAAUGGACAAUGCCAACACCAUCACAGAUAUGGCCAAGACGCAGAACACAGUGUACGAGAUCGUGUCCGACAUGAGCACGCGUCAGGACGGGCUGGAGGAACGUUUGGUGGGUCUGGAGGAUCGGCUGAUCGGCCUAGAAGAGAAACUGACCGGUCUCCAGGCUCAGCUGGAGCUGUUGCCGGAAGAGUUGACCAGGUGUCUGGCCCAGCACGCCGAGAGGAUGGAGCAGAGACGCAACUUCCUUCACCCGGACACCGCGGUCGCGAUGGCGUCUUCGGGUAGCGGCGGCGGUGGCGGCGGGGGUGGCGGGGGUGGCGGUGGGGGCGGCGGUGGCGGUGUGCCAAUGGUAAACAGUAUGACGAUGGGCAUCUCCGUGUCGGCUCAUCAUCCUCUGGCCAACUUGUCGAACUCGCUGCCGCACUCGAGGAGCGUGCCAAGCGCACCCAGCACCGCGUCCCUUCAUCCUUGGCCGGCCAGUUCGAUCUUACCACCGGUCUCGAGCCGUACGCCUCACCUGGUGCCAGAGACCGGAAGGCACCACAGCCUGGCACAUUCCACGGUGGCCACGACCACGACCUCGCAGUCGGCCACCAGGCUCACCUCGCAGCCCGGAAUGGGAGGACUGGGCAACAGUCAGGGCUCCGACACGUCUGCACACAGCUGAGUCUCGUCUUUGCAGCCGCAGCAUUCGUAUUAAGGGAACCGAACCGUUGAUGUUCGGUCACCUCAACGACGCUCGCGUCUCCUCAAGUCCCUCCUCUACGAUCGUUUAUCCGACCUCUCUUGUAAUCCUUCUCUCGUUUCUCUCUCUCUCUCUCUCUCUCUCUCUCUCAGUGUGUCUCUCUCUUUCGGGGAUAGGAAGUAUCUUCAGGUCCAUGUUCAGGUGUACUGUGAAUUCGUUGACUCUAGUGGAUAGAGUCGUUCGGUUUUGUGCUGCUUUCACGUCGACCUGACGGUGAAUUAUACGUUCCUGGCGAAGAAGUAGAACGAUGUAAAAGAAAAAGAAAAGAGAACACAUACACACAAACGCACAGACUGCCUGAAGGUUCGAGUUUUCCUUCGAUUAUUCGCGGGGAUGAAGAAGCCGCCUACUUUUCUAAGCGCAGAUCAAACGAAAGUCUUGCUGCAGUUGCGUAAACAACGGGUCCAAUCCUCUUCCCGAUUGACUGUGUCUUCUUAUUUAAACGAAACGAGAAAGAGAAGAAGGAUAAAAAGGGAUAGGGAAGACGCGCACGUGCCGAGAGGAAGAAUCUUUGCUCGGGGACGAGAUCGAUCCCCGGUUGGAGAUUCACGGAAACGUGCGAAACGAAGGGAGGGACUAAGGGACGCGAGUGUCCUCUUCCACUCGCUGCGAGCUGCUCCCCUGCCCAACUUGCGUGCCUGAAAACUUUUUUCUUAAUAUUUAAAUAUUAUAUUCGACACACACACACACACACACACACACGAACUCCAUCUAAUCGCUGUAUACCUCGUGAACAAGAAAGAAAGAAAAAUGAAAAGGACAGGCACCACUUGUGUGUGCAUUCAAUGCGCGCGGAGAACGUCUCGCCUCGGCGAGAAGAAAACGGUGGCUCUUGAACUGACGACGAACGCACACCGGAAGCGUUUCCUAGAGGAUUAAGUCGUUUCCUGCGAGACGUCGCGUACCUUGGUAAGAAUUUUAAUUUCGUUUCGAAUCGUGCGCGCAACGGGCUGCGGUAUAUUUUAAAUGCGUACUCUUCUGGCCACGCGAUUACCCUAGAAUUAUCCAUUAUAAUUUUACGUUGUUCAGCCUCGAUACACGUGACAUCAUUUUUACACACUUCCCGAAUUUCUUCGCCGAGAGAAUUCAGAAUAUCGGUGUACAAAUUGCGAUCACGAAGCAAUUUCGCGUUGUCGAUCGUUCGAUCAACGACACGUCGCAUCAGCUCGAUCGAUGGUAAAUGAAAUUUUAUCGUUCAUUAUUCUUUUUUACUCUUUCCGCCUUGUGAUCGCAAAUUGUUUAUCAGGUAACGAUCGUUCGAACACACAGAAGACACUUCAUCAGGCAAGAUCGCAUCAAAGAAACAAAGAUGAAUCGACACGAACAUUGAAUCGCCGCCCCUCACACCCCCGAGUCAAGUGACGCUGGACGAGCUUCAGGGGCCACCAAGAGACCACGAAACAAUCCCCGGGGCUGACGGAAAGAGAAUGCAAAGUGAUCUUAUCCGCUUUAACGUCCGUAGGUUACAUAGGAUAUUAUAUUGUUAGCGUAUACAAGGUGUAUGUACACGGUGCACGGGUACAAAGGCUACGUUUCCACCGACGGGGGAGGAAAUUCGUUUUUCUUUUUUAUUUAAUAAACGGUCUAAGCACAACAGUGUACGCGUGUGCACACGGUGUGGUCCACUCGUAAAUAUUGAUUUUAUCGAAAAUUUCUUGCCAACGAAAUGUUGUAGAUAGACGUAAAGGGGAUGCACCAUGUAAGGUUCACUGGAACGUGUCAAAGUUCUUUGGCGUUUCGUUAACAGAGAACGAAUUUAUUUUUGUAAUGGAUAACACAAACGGUGCUUACCUACGAAUUUGAUCGUUCAUUGAAAAACGAUCUACCUAUGACCCUGACCCGACUUCUUCUACUUUCAAGAAAAUCAACCGUGCAAUUUCGAAAAUGCGUCUUCAAAAAUUUUUACUAGAAAAUUUCGGAAAUAUUCCUUGUUAAGGAUGAAAUACUUUCGCGCGGAUGAAAUAUUGGCGAUCACUUAGAAAUCUUAAAAUAUAGGUCGGUCCUGGGUCACUCGAGGAACGCGUCUUCAUAUAUGAACGAACUUCUUUCGAGGUCGUUUCGGAAUAUACCACGUUUCUUAUUAUGGAAAUGAAUUCGGUUUCUACGAAAAAUCCCAAAGGGAGCCAGAUGAAAGAGGAAGCAUAAAAGGAUUCUGAGCCGGUUGUUGGAUGAUCUCCUUUGAAUCGUUUCUCGCGUACAAUGAUUUUUUUCCCCCCCUGGAAGAUUAAUAUUCAGUGUUACGCGAUUGGUUGGAUCAAACGGCACGCACACGUACGAAGCUGUUGUUAUGAGAUAAGCUUAAUCGAACGAAAUAACAGUAGAUAAAUGGGGAAUAAUUCGUCAACGAUGUUUCGUUCAAUAUCCGCGACAGGACUGGGUGAUGUAGUAGCUCGAACAGGAAGCGGUGGGUGAAAAUAUAGGAAACUAUGUUAACUAAAUCAUAGCAUUGAAUUUUCUUUGAAAAAACUUUGAUAUUGAAAAAAAUAAAAAUUAAUACAAGCCUGUAUUAGCUAUAGGUACAGUUUCAAUUCCGAUUUGAACAAAUUUGGUAUUCAAUUGUUCAAACUGGAAGAUAAUAAAUUUCUAUAAUAAAUUUCGUAUAGAAUAUUUCCGCUUUUUUCGAUCCUCCACGGAACAUCCUUAAAAUUCCAAAGAUUAUAAACUUUGAAAGCCAAAUUAAUGAUAAACCUCUAGAUUGUUAUGUCGCAUAAAAAGUUUCCUUAAAUUUCAGUCGCGACAAACUUACCUUCAGUUCUCCAUCAAUUUUUUCCACGACACUUCAUUUUAUCCUUCUGUGAGACACGUUUCCUCAGCAGGAUAUUCAAUUUACCGCUUCCUGUUAAGAGCAGCAUCUGAGGCAGUCCUGAAACCCUUUGUUCGUAUUCUUCGUGGUCGUAAAAACUGUACGGUUUGGCAGGAAGCACACGCGACCGUGAUUCAAGCCUAUCGCGAUUAACCGUCAUAGAACUAUACGAGGUCUUUUCAAUCUAAUUUCAUAAAUAAAUCUUUUCUUUGUUUCCUCUCUUCUAACCACAGUUUACGCAAUCAAAUGAAUUUUCUUGGCUCUUCCAUAAAAUGAACAAAAUUUUGAUUAGAAAAUUGGAUCAAUUAUUUUCUAAAAUAAAUUUGCAAACAUAAUUUUUUAUUUAAAGUGAUGUACAAGAAAUUAGGCUAUUUUGUACGUCGCAUAGUUUUAAAUGUAAAUCUUGAAACCUAGUUUUGCGAGGAUUAAUCUUUGCAAAUGAUCGAGUUUCCGGUCGCGUGACGUUCCCAUCCGUUAGCAAACACGAUCCACGGCACAUCGAUGUCUCGAUACGGAAACGUGCCGGAUAACGCGUUACGUACGCGCGAGCGAAUCGAGUUAAUUACGUUAAUUGAUAGUAAACGUUGAGGUUCACUAGGUGAUUGGGGGAAAACGAGUCGCAUCGACGGAAUGAAUCAUGUCACCCCAUGUGACGAUUCGUUUCUUCGACGCGAUCGGAUAUAUACGUUCUAUACAAACACAUAUAUACAUAUAUACACGCGUGUACACGAAAAUACAGAGAUACAUGACAGAUGGAAGGACAUUAGCUGGUAAAAUAUGUAUUUAAAUGAAAUCGUUUUAAAGUAUGACUAUCGUUGAAUAAAUUAACAAAUUUCAAAGAUUCGAAUCAUUCUCUAAUGAUAAUUAUUGCUAGAAAAAAAAUGUUGAAAAUAAUUCUUGAAAUAAUUCCGUUAGUGUCCUUUCAGAAAUACUGUCACAAUUAAUCGUGAACACGUUGUUUAUUAAUUUUGCGAGUCGCUGACACGCGUUCGUCGUGCGGAAAUUGAUCCCGGAAGAUGUUCACUGCUCCGAAAAGCGAGCCGUACGCUCAGCGACGACCCGUGAAACGAGGAUAACGUUAAGAGAAAAGCGAAAGGAGACAAAUAAAAGCAACCACACCAAAAAAAAAAAAAAAGAAAACGAUAAAACUGCACACGAUCGACACGCAGGAAAAGAGAACCUGAAGAUCGAGAUUUUUGGGGGCAGAUUCGACCACGUCUCGAAGAGCCAUCACUCUGUGAAGACAAUGAAAGGAAACAAGACAAAGGACUCGGAGAAGAAAGCCGAAGACUUCUCUACAGUCAGGAUCGAAGAUACGAGCAGAAGGGGUGGACAGAAGACUUUUCUGCCCUCAAAAAUGAUCGAACGUUCGUUUCCGGCGGAAAAUGUUGGGACCUGGUUUGUCUUGUCCGUUUAUCGUUUCAUUUCGAAAGCGUUGUUUCGCGGCCACUCCGAAACGCGAAACGGGACCAAAGAAAAAAAAAAAAGAAACAAAAAGACACAAUUGUCACAAUGUUCUCAUUCCCCUUCUGUCUUCUAUCCUCUACUCUCUCUAGCUGCCUCUUUCUGUCUCCUAAUAACUUGCUCUUCGUUUCCAUUUCUUUCUUCCUCUAAUUGUCUCUCUUACUAUCUCUAUCUCUACCUAUUUCUGUCGCGGCUCAAAAUACCGGACACAACUCCACACGAUAUUUUUAUAUAGAUUUCUUAAAAGUGCAUUAUAGUGCCAGGAAGACCACGCCAAGUUACAAAAAAAAAAAGAAAAGAAAUAGAUAAUUAAAAAAAAACUACACACAAACAUACAUGUACACGUAUCUCGAUAUCGAUGCAUUUAGGCGAUAGAGGAGACGAUUCUAUAAGUAUUAUAUAGUAUAAAUACGAGUAGCCAGAUCAUUGACGAUGAGUUGAUCACGAAAAGGUUUAAAAAUGAAAAAUGUUCAACGUGGAUGAGAAACGAUUCGAAGCCAAAUGAUCUUUAACCAUCAGUUAUUUGAAUCGAUGAUUUUGAUUUGCGUGGCUUCGAUUGGACUGAUCGGUACCAUUGUUGCUUCGAGUCAUUAAUUAGCCUCUUACGUAGACAUUGAAACCCGAUUAGAAUGAAUUCUGUUCGAUCGUGGAGAGGAAAGUUAAAAGAAAAAGAAGAAAACAAGAUUCGUUUAAAUUGGAUCAAAGUUUCCAUGAUUUCUCGUUUAAUCGAUAAUUAUGUUAAAGUAAAAGUAGCUUUCGAAACAUCGAACGAUAGAGAAAAUUGAAGGAAAUCGAUUUUCCAUCAGAUGCAGCUAGACAUGUACGUAUAUAAAAGGAAAGGUGUUCGAUCCGCGUUUACGCUGAAGGAUCAGCAGGACAAAGGGGAUGGUUUACAGUGUGAUAUCCCACGGAAAGGACCUUAUACUGGCGAUCUGUAGGUUGCCCGAGUGAAAUUGCUUCAUUGACUCUCCUUCGUGCGUUCAUAUACCAUCAAGAAUCAUACAGUAUGCGUGCAUGGGACGUUGCGAUUCGUUCGUCUGAAGUAUUGCCAUUAUUCUGAACGACGCGUCGCGACGUAGGUAAAUCAGUAGAAAUACCUACUAAUAGCGCGGCUAUCAAUAUUGUCUAUUAACGACAUUAAUCCCCUAACGGAGUGCCAUUUUUCCAUUUGCAAAUAAUAUUUGUAAGCCUAAUAACAUUGUUUCAAUUCAGUUAGGAAUUAAUCCUUCAAACGUUUAGUUGCUAAAAUGUUCAACCACUUAGCUGACAAUUAUUCAUUCCUAUUGUUCAGAAAAAUGGAACGGUUCCAGGUGAACGAAUCCUCUGUCCCAUCAUAAAUAUGCCGAGAUUGAUUUGUAUGUUUAUACCUGUACAUAUGUGUAUACUAUAUUAUGUAAUAUACCCGAUAUUAUAGUAUAUAGUGUAUAUAUAUAUAUUAUAUCGAAGCGUGCAUUAUGGCCUUUGUUUUGAGCAGAGUUUAUACACGUCUCUUGUAAGGAUCCAAAGGGGGGCGCUUUUGUGUUCAGGGGUGAGUUCGAACGACGCCGGUCCGGUCACUGUGUUUUCGAACACGUCGAAUGUUUCGCGUGUGUUUAAAUGUUGUACUUUAUAUGUGUACAUAGGUAUUUUGUACGCUCAAUGGGUUCGAAAACACGGGAACAACGGCGUGCACGGACGCCCUGCUGUUGAGAAUGGGAGUGCUCCUACCCCUUUGUUGCGUAACGUUCUCAUGUACAAUGUUAAUAAUGGUCAUUUGACGUUCAGUUUGCACGUUGACGAUACAAGCAAUGCAAAUGUUUUGCGAGGAUAUUCGUUUACAGCCCUUAACACUCUCGAUUAGGAGGACGUGUUCAACGAGUCACCAUAAAUGAAAAAUGUUCUAUGUCAUAGAAUGUCUUUUUAGUUCAAUUAUUUCUUCUUUUUUUCUAAGUAUUUUUCAUGUAAUUUUAUUAGUAUCUUAAUAGUCAUUACAAAUAAAUACCUAAACCACCCAUUCGAAUACUCCAUCAAGAGGUGGUGAGAAAGGACUCUGUAAAAUCGCUCUGAAAAUUAGAAAUGGAAGGGAAAUGAUUUGCCAAGUUUGAAUUGAUUUUUAGACGAAACAUUUGCAGUAUAUUUCGAUCGAUCGACGUGCAACCGCGUUUCGAACGAGCCUGUGUUACACCAGCGUGCGAUUGCGUCACGUUCAACCCAUUGCCAUAAUGGAACGGGUUUCUUGUUCCAAGGAAACAAGAAAACUAUCGUUUACGACAGGUUGCAGCGCGCAACGAUGCAGCGGCCUUUAUUUCGCGGGAUUCUUAGCGUUGUCGGUCACGAGAACGCGUCCGUGGCUCGAAACAGAAAUAUCAAGUGUGAAAUAAAAAAAAAAGAUUUGAAAUUUAUUACGCAAAAAAAAAAAUAGGGCACGUUGUAAACGCUGAACAAGAGGGAGAAGAAAAGGAAAAAUCGUAACCGAAACGCGUAGGCUAAAUCCAACUAUCUUUGUACAUAAGCAUAGCGAACAGAGACACGUUAUUUCCACGUUGACUCUCGUAUACUUUCUUCCUUUAUGUCGCGAGUUUCCAUUCGAUGGGCUGACAGAUCGAAUAUUUGCGUUCGAGUAAAAUGUUGAAAGAGAAGAGGAGGCUUUAAGGGAGAAUAAAGAAACACGCGAAGCGUGAAAGUGGGUAAACGACGUGAAAGAGCCAUUCAAUGAUCGCAAACGGUUCGAUCGGUCCUCCUUUAAGAGCGCAACGGUGGUAAAUUAUACGAGAAACAGCGUAAAAGGUAACAACAACAAAAAAAAAGAUGAUGAAGAAGAAGAAAGGAGUCGAUUUAAUGCCGGAAAAUAUAUUUCCGAGCGAUUUAUACGAGCGUUACUAUGUUAUUGCCACGUAUUAAUCGUUUAUUAUUGUUGUCAUUAUUACGAAUGAUUAUUAUUAUUAUCGCGUAUUAUUAUUACCAUCAUCGUCAUUACUAUUAUUACGAAUAACGUUACGGUAGCGUUUAAACGGUUUUAACUCUCAGACACUUUAUUAAGAUCUUUACCAAUAUUACCUAGCGGGCUGUCGCCGUGUAACUUGUUACGUAAAAUGACCAAAAAAUUACUAAAGUAAAGUACUACCUAUUAAUCUACAUAGGAUGAUCUAGUCGACCACGUGUUAAGGGGGAAACAGUCUUUUUUAACGAGCUCUCUCUUUCUCUCUAUCUAUCUAUCUUCUCUGUUAGUAAGUUUUGAAGGAAGACGCGGAAGUUGCAACGAAGAUAAAUGAUUUAACAGUGAUAAAAUUUCAUUUAUUAUUAUUUUAGAGGGUUAUUGAACAUCGUGUUCCAAAAUUUAGUGAUUAAAAUCUGUUUCAGAGGGGGGCGUCUGACAAAUGAUUGACUCGUAUCACUGAAAUUUUUGCUGCGACAUUUAUUUCAUAAGAAAGAAGGAUUCUAUCGGCUGUCAUCGGAAACGAACGAUUUAACAGUGAUACAUCAAUCCUGAAAUUUUAUUUAUCAUUAUUUUAAAAGGUGAUUGCAAUCAUUAUCAAAUAUCACGUUCCUACAGUGUCAAAAUUCGGUGAUACAGAGAUGCCUGACAAGUGAUUGACUCGUACUACUGAAAUUUGUGAUGUCAUUAAUAUAAUUCUCUGUCUAAUUCACUUGCAACAAUUGUAAUGAGUAUUAUAGAAUUAGAUUUACAUUAAAAUUUAACAAUUUACGUGCGGAUUCAAUAAUUUAUAAUAAAUCAACCCGUUUCAAUGACACUCGGUGCAAAAGAAUUAAAAUCAAAGUUCCAUCUUUAAUUUAUUACUAAACCUUUAAUUCGCAAAAACUUUAAUAACUAUUUUUACAAUAGAAAGAGGUUGCAACUUCCGUGUGUCCGUUCAAUGUAACACAGCCCGUCUAAAGAGGUGUAGAUUACGAAGGAAAUAGCCCACAGGGUGUCGCAUUAGCACUUCAAUGAUAUUGAACAAUGUCUGGCGAUGAUGAAAAGCAUGUGAUGCUUGCUCAAAGUGAAAAAAAAAAAUAAUAAAAUUGUACUUUUGGGUCGUUCAUUUCCCAAACGCUCGACGUGCCGGUCGAAUUUCAAAGGAACCCAGAGAAAUUUGUAUCUUCGCUAAUUUUCUAUUGAACUGUUCCAUAAUUAUUAUAAGAAACAGAAAUAAAAACACACGUACAUACAUGCGCAUACACAGAUGAAAAGAUUGUAAAAAAAAAAAAGAUAAAUCGAAGAGAGCUAGAUAGAAACUUUUUAAUAGAGAAAUAAUAGUAAAUAGUAUAUUCGAAAGGGCCAGUAAACCUCGUAGCCAAAUAUAAUAUCGUUCAUCGCGUUAAAGAAUUAACCCUUUGACUGUUUUCAAUCCAACACCCUGCAAAAUUAUUUAAUUUCUAGAAACAUAGGGAACCGUACGUACGUACAUAAAUAAAGUUUCUAACAAAAUACCCUUCUUUCGUUGGAGGAACAUCAUUCUGGAAAUCUUUUAAUAUUCGACUAUCAGUGAAAUCGAAUUUUUGUGAAAAAAAAAAACAGUCAAAGGAUUGAGCUUAAUCGAUCGCGCAGCUGUACUCUACAAAUUUAAGCUGUUUCGUUCGAACUUGUUUGCCCCGCAUUUCAUUCUCCCUUGUAUCUCACGGGACUUCUUUUUUUUGUACGUAGUAUCAACGACUGAGUAAACUUUAGAGGCUUUACCAUUGGAAAAUGGACGAUUCACUAUUAGAGUGUACACCGUGACGAAUGAAACGAGAUUGAUGCAAACGAUAUGGUGGUACCUCUGUGAGCGUGCGAAUGAUCCAGAGCGAUUUCGAGGAGAAUUGCCUCGGUGACUCGAGGAACAAGCGGAUUUUUGCACCCAUUUUAUGGACGAGUAUUUAACCUAACGAACUACAAUAUCGAGUUACAUGCUGUGUAUUCGAAUCUUUCUACGAAACAGUUUUAAGAAAUGGCACGAUAAAAGAAUGAAAUUGGUAAUUAUUAACUUAGAAAUCGGUUCCUUACUUAGAAUUUCAAAGAAUUAGUUUGUUGCAUAUUAAAUGAUAGUCGAUCGUGAAACAAGGAGUUCGUUCCUCCAGUUACCGAUUCAAUGAACGCAGACGAUAGCGUUCGUUCUACUACUCGUCGCCGGUCAAGCAAGACCAAAAAACUAUGAAAAUGUUUGUAAUUUCGUCGCCAGCUAGAUCUCGUUCCUGCCCUCGAUAAAUUCGCGAUAUGAUCGCGAAUCUCGCGAGCGUUCGCGAACGCUAUCGUCGCGCGACGAUUCAAUUUUGAGAGGAGAAACUAAGAAGAAAAUAAAUAUGAAACAAUUCCCACGCAACGAAUCUUGAAAGUAGUCAAUAUCUAAUCAAUUCCGAAGAUACCGUAGCGGUAGUUACGAUUUAAAAUGAAAAAAAUAAAUAAAAGAAGAGAAGGUAAUUGAGAAACCAGUGUGAAAGAAAGCGAUGACAGGAACAACAGGUAAAGACGGUACUGAAUGUACAGGAUGAGUCGAUAAGAAUUGAAAUAAUCUUUUGUUUAUUCGAUUUUACAAGAAAGUCUUAUUCGAAAGGGCUGAAUCGUAUAGAAUAAUUUUCAUUUGCCGAAAUAUCGAAAUAAUCCUGAAUUAUUUAAUCUAAACAACGCCGUGCAUUUCUUUUUAUUAUAAAAUUGUAUUAUUAAGUAACUUAUAAGAAUAUUCUGUUUCUAUUUAUAUUGUUAUUGUAUAAAGGGCCCCAUUGACUUAUCCUGAGCGAUUAGAAUGAUAGACAAACGAGCAGAUAUUUUUAAACAGAAAAACAUGCGUGUUUAAGAAGAACGUCGAGUAAACAGAGGCGGUGCUAAUCAUGGCACUAAUAUAAAGUAAAAAAAGAUGUGAACCGAUGAAUUUCGAUCCUUGUUAAUCAUAGGCGAAUUAAUAUCAAGCGAAGCACCAGUUGAUAAGUAAAUCUCUAAUCGUAGCGUGUAUCUCCGAGGAGCGCUGCUAAAAA